CAUUGUUAAGCCAAUUGACAUCAUGGUUGAAGAUCCAAUAGCAAAUCAAGCCAUUCGAACAUUGAAGGAAUAUGCUUCACCUUCAAUUGAAGGAACUGUUUCAAGCAUAAGGAGACCAGCUAUCUAAGCAAAUAAUUUUGAAAUUAAGCCAGCAAUAAUUCAGAUGAUUCAACAAUCUAUGCAAUUUUGUGGGUUGCCAAGUGAUGAUCCUAAUGCUCAUAUUGCUAACUUUUUAGAGAUUUGUGAGACUUUUAAAUAUGGAGUUUCUGAUGAUGCUGUUAGACUAAGGCUUUUUCCAUUCUCUCUACGAGACAAGGCAAAGAAUUGGUUAAAUUCUUUACCUGUUGGGUCGAUCACCACAUGGGACAUGACGGCUCAAAAAUUUUUAAGUAAGUUUUUCCCUCAUGCUAAAACUGCUAAGAUGAGUAACGAUAUUGCCACUUUUGUGCAGCUGAAUAUGGAGUCAUUAAAUGAGGCAUGGGAGAGAUACAAAGAGCUACUCAGGAAGUGUCCACAUCAUGGUCUACCUAUAUGGUUACAAGAACACACUUUUUAUAAUGUUUUAUUUCUUAAUAAUCGUACCAUGUUUGAUGCUGCUGCUGGAGGAUCAUUAAUGAGUAAACAUGCUGAUGAGGGUUAUAACCUCAUAGAGGAGAUGGCUUCAAAUAGUUAUCAAUGGGGUUCAGAAAGAUCACACAUUAAGAAAAAUGCUGGAAUUUAUGGGGUUGAUGCCUUUACUGCUUUGACAGCACAAAUUGAGGCUUUAAACCAAAAGUUAACUAGGAUGAAUGUCUCAACUAUACAAGCCACAAGCAUUAAUUGUGACUUGUGUGGGGGAGCACAUCCUAGUUCUGAAUGUCUAGAAGGAUUUCAGCAACCACCUGAGAAAAAAUCAGAUUUGGAGGAUUUGUUGAAAAAAUACAUUGCGGUUAAUGAAUCAAGGUUUCAAAGUCAAGAAGCAGCAACCAAGAGCUUGGAAGCUGCAGUCCAGAACCAAGGUGCAUCAAUUCGGAAUUUAGAGGUUCAGGUAGGUCAAUUGGCAAGUGUAGUUUCUGGAAGAGCACAAGGAGCAUUACCAAGCAGUACUGAAAAAAAUCCUAAGGAACAAGUGAAAGCUGUAACAUUGAGAAAUGGGAAGCAAAUUGGAGAUGAAGAAAGCUCAGACAAUGAGGGUGAAAAAGAGAAAGCUCCAACGAAAGAGAAAAAAUCUGAAGUGCCAUCUAAAGAAUCUGAAGAAGUCAAGUCUUAUGUGCCUCAAAUUCCUUUUCCACAUAGAUUGAAGCAACAAAAGCUAGAUAAGCAAUUUGCUAAGUUUCUAGAUAUUUUUAAGAAAUUGCACAUUAACAUUCCUUUUGCAAAUGCUUUAGCUCAAAUGCCUAGCUAUGCUAAAUUCUUAAAGGAGAUCUUAUCUAACAAGAGGAAAUUGGAAGAGUAUGAGACUGUGAAACUCACUGAAGAAUGUUCUGGAAUUCUUCAGAAUAAGCUUCCCCCAAAGCUAAAGGAUCCAGGGAGUUUUACAAUUCCCUGCACAAUUGGAAAUUGUCAUUUUGAUAAAGUUUUGUGUGAUUUGGGAGCCAGCAAUAAUCUAAUGCCAUUUUCUAUUUUCAGGAAACUUGGGCUUGGAGAGGCAAAAGUAACAACAGUAUCUCUUCAAUUGGCAGAUAGAUCUAUCAAACAUCCACAGGGUAUUAUGGAAGAUGUCCUGGUAAAAGUAGAUAAAUUUAUCUUUCUUGCUGAUUUUAUAGUUUUGGACAUGGAAGAAGACCAUGAGGUACCUCUUAUCUUAGGCCGACCUUUUCUAGCCACUGGUAGAACUUUAAUUGAUGUGCAGCAAGGAAAAUUGAUGCUUAGGGUAGAAAAUGAACAAGUUACUUUUAAUGUCUUUGAUGCCAUGAAAUACCCAUCCGAUAUUGACUCUUGUUUUAUGAUGGAAACAAUUGAUGAAACAAUUAAUGAGAUGCUGCAGGAAUAUUGUCUAGACUUGUUGAAGGCAUGUGUUGUUCAUUCCAAAGACAUUACUGCUGAAAAUGAGGACAUUAGGGAGUAUGCAUUUCAUUUGGAAGCUUGCCCACUGUUCUUGAACUCAAAGGAGCCAAGUAUUCAAGAUUUUAGAGCUAAUAUGCCUCGGUUUAAACCAUCACUUGAAGACCUCCAAAACUUGAACUCAAGCCUUUACCUGUUCAUUUAAAUAUGCUUAUUUAGAUGAAGAUCUUUCUUUGCCUGUAAUUAUUUUUUCUUCUUUGACAGGUUUAAUGGAGGAAAAGCUUCUUCGAGUUUUAAGGGAGCACAAAGGAGCAUUUGGAUGGACAAUAACCGACAUAAAAGGAAUUAGUCCCU